UUUUCCAAUUGUUUUUAAACGCACCAACAGAAGCAUAUCCUUGACGCAUGCGUACCAGCAAUUUCAGCCCGGAAGUGACGUUCUGAAGUACAUUCUCUUUCCGCUAGCCGUGUAGUGGAAUUGACUAUCAGGGAUGACUACAGCUGCAAGACCAACGUUUGAGCCGGCGAGAGGAGGGAGGGGGAAAGGAGAAGGCGAUCUGAGUGCCCUGUCCAAGCAAUAUUCCAGCCGAGAUCUUCCAGGUCACACCAAGAUCAAAUACAGACAGCCAACCCAGGAUGCCCCCGAGGAGGUGCGUGCCCGUGAUUUCCGCAGGGAGCUGGAGGAGAAGGAGCGUGUAGCUGCGCGUGAGAAGACCAGAGAGAGGGGACCAAGAGAACACACCACAUCCUCCUCAUCGUCAUCAUCAUCAUCAUCUAAGAGGCCCAGGCUGGAUCAGAUUCCAGCUGCUAACCUUGAUGCUGAUGACCCUCUCACUGAUGAUGAUGAGGAUGAGAACUCUGAUGAAGAUAGUGAUGAUGACGACACUGCAGCUCUGUUGGCUGAGCUUGAGAAAAUCAAGAAGGAGCGAGCUGAGGAGCAAGAACGCAAAGAGCGAGAGCAAAAGGCAGAGGAGGAGAGGAUUCGAAUGGAAAAUAUCUUAAGUGGAAAUCCACUCAUAAACUUGGCAGGACAACAACAACAGCAGCAGCAGCAGCAGCAGAUCACCCAGACUACAUUCAGGGUGAAGAGAAGGUGGGAUGAUGACGUUGUGUUCAAAAACUGUGCCAAAGGAGUGGACGAAUCCCGGAAGGAGAAACGCUUCGUUAAUGACACGCUGCGCUCCGAGUUCCACAAGAAAUUUAUGGAAAAAUAUGUCAAAUAAGGAUUUGGUCAUUUGUAGUGUUUAAAACCAUCUCCUGUUGGUCAGCUCUUUUUACCCUCAGUCCUCCGUGUUAUUCCUUUACACUCAUAAAGGGGGUGAAUUUGUAGCAAAUAGGUAAAUCAAUGUACAUAAAUGAAUGCUGGGUUUAAUCUGAGCUUUUAAGUGGUUGAAUGCAAAUUCUAAAUGUGACUCAGCUUCUCCUUUUCUGCUUUUUUUUUUAAAUAAAUAUUGGCUCACCAGAAAGUCUGUGUAGAAAUGUUUUUGAACCUUUUGAUUUAUUUCAGGACUUAAAAAUGAUAAUUAACUCUUAAUUCAACCUGCAUCUUUGUAUUUUGCCUAAUGAUUUUGCAAAAUGCUUAAAAAUCUUUAAACAGGUAAUAAAACAGAUGUAUUUCGCCUUCA